AUGCAGACGGAGAUCAGACUGAGGCCGCCGUACCACCUCUCUCUGGACGAGCUGCACGACCUGAACGGCUGCAAACACAGCUCUGCAAAGUACAACGGCAUCGAGUGGAGGCUACAGGGGUGGAGGCUACAGGGGUGGAGGCUACAGGAGUGGAGGCUACAGGGGUGGAGGCUACAGUGGUGGAGGCUACAAGGUGGAGGCUAUAAAAGUGGAGGCUACAGGGGUGGAGGCUUCAGGAGUGGAGGCUACAGGGGUGGAGGCUACAGGGGUGGAGGCUACAGGGGUGGAGGCUACAGUGGUGGAGGCUACAAGGUGGAGGCUAUAAGAGUGGAGGCUACAGGGGUGGAGGCUUCAGGAGUGGAAGCUACAGGGGUGGAGGCUACAGUGGUAGAGGCUACAGGGGUGGAGGCUACAGGGGUGGAGGCUACAGGGGUGGAGGCUAUAAGAGUGGAGGCUACAGGGGUGGAGGCUACAGGGGUGGAGGCUACAAGAGUGGAGGCUACAGGGGUGGAGGCUACAGGGGUGGAGGCUACAGGGGUGGAGGCUACAGGGGUGGAGGCCACAGGGGUGCAGGCUACAGGGGUGGAGGCUACAGUGGUGGAGGCUACAGGGGUGGAGGCUAUAAGAGUGGAGGCUACAGGGGUGGAGGCUAUAAGAGUGGAGGCUACAGGGGUGGAGGCUACAGGAGUGGUGGCUACAGGGGUGGAGGCUAGAGGGGUGGAGGCUACAGGGGUGGAGGCUAGAGGGGUGGAGGCUACAGAGGUGGAGGCUACAGGGGUGGAGGCUAUGGGGGGGAGGCUACAGGGGAGGAGGCAAUAUGGGUGGUGGCUAUAA